CAACGAAGUACAUCACUAACAAUCGACACUUGUCUGUUCGUGUUUGUAUGUCGCUGUAUAAAAGUUUUAUUAUAAUAAAACUUUACAUUUGAGUGAAUCAAUAGAACUAUAAUAAUCGUAAUAUUUAAUUAUCCACUAUGGAUGACGAUGCAGAAACAUACAAGCUUUGGCGGAUCCGUAAAACAGUAAUGCAGUUAUGCCACGACCGCGGAUACUUAGUGACACAGGAUGAAUUGGAUCAAACGCUGGAGCAAUUCAAAGAGCAAUUUGGUGACAAACCCAGUGAAAAGCGACCAGCUAGAAGUGAUUUGAUUGUACUGGUAGCUCACAAUGAUGACCCGACAGAUCAGAUGUUUGUUUUCUUCCCCGAUGAGCCUAAAAUUGGGAUCAAGACUAUCAAAACAUAUUGUACUAGGAUGCAGGAGGAAAAUAUUCAUAGAGCUAUUGUUGUUGUGCAAGCAGGUAUGACGCCAUCAGCAAAGCAGUCGCUAGUGGACAUGGCGCCGAAGUACAUUCUAGAACAAUUCCUUGAGUCGGAACUGCUGAUUAAUAUCACGGAACAUGAACUGGUGCCUGAACACAUCGUGCUCACUCCUGAUGAGAAGGCGGAGCUUUUGACUAGAUAUAAAUUGAAGGAGAACAUGUUGAUGAGGAUACAGGCUGGUGACCCAGUGGCCAGAUACUUUGGACUGAAGAGAGGACAGGUCGUGAAAAUCAUCCGAUCAUCAGAGACGGCCGGGCGAUAUAUUUCCUAUAGAUUAGUAUGUUAGGUAGAUUGUUAUUCCAAUAAAUAUUCAUUAUUUUUUA